AUGCCCACCAGGGAAUGGUAUUUGGAAAACAUCAAAGGUGCAUUGACGUCCGAAGAGUGGAAUUCCCAGGGCCCUGGUGUGUGUGGUGACUCUGGUGCGGCCAUAGUGCAGUUCAAGACAGGAAAACUCCUGGGGCAGAUAUGGGGUCGGGACGUGUACGAUGAUGACCAGCAAACUCCUAGGGUGACAUACUUCACACAUCACUGGGACAUUUUUGACGACAUCAGGGAGCGCUACCCAUCCAUGGAAGGCCCGCGUCUCGUCCUCAAGCCAAAUUGCCACUCCUUGAGUAACGCGAAUGCAGGAGACGACGCCCCCGGCCCUUCGAGACUUGAGGCCGACGAGAAUACUCUGCAUCCCAUCGCGACCGCGGAGCCGGGCAUGUUCGUCCAUGGGCGGUGCUGA